CUGAAAAUAAAUAAAAAUGAUGUCAGGACAUUACACCUCCAUUGAUAACCAAAAGGUUUCAGGAUCUGUGCGUGCAGUUCCAGAUCCCCCACCUUUCACCGUCAAUUUCACAGGUUCAAAUCUUCAGACAUUUCCUCCAUCUGGGGCACAGGGCAAGAUUACUGGUGCAUCCAGGCCUUCACACGAUGCUGAUGACACAUUUUCAAAACCGGUAUCUGGUUCUGAUGAACCCCAGCAGAGUGGUUGGUUUCGGACUUUCACCGUUGCUGCUUACAAGCCAUACUUUGAUGUUGACACUUCAGAUGUAAUAGAGAGGAUUAAAGACUCUCUCUUUCCAUUCAGAGGAACUUUCACUGAAAAAACUGCUACCAACCCUGAUUUGUAUGGACCAUUCUGGAUUUGCACUACCUUAAUAUUUGUAGCAGCAUCUAUUAGCACAUUUGUGACAUAUAUAGCGCACAAGCUGAAGAAUGAGGAAUGGAACUAUGACAUAAAUCUGGUGACUUGGUCUGCUGGUUUGUUUUACGGCUAUGUCACCAUUGUGCCUCUUUGUUUGUAUGUAAUCCUCAAAUACUUCUCUGCACCAUCGGGCCUUGUCCAACUACUCUGUCUCUAUGGAUAUUCCCUGUUUGUCUUUAUUCCAGCUCUGUGUAUGUCCGUUGUGCCAUGGGAGAUAUUCAGAUGGGUGAUUGCAGGUGUGGCUGGGUUCAUGUCAGCAACAUUUGUGGCACUUAACCUCCGGGCACAUAUCUUGUCAGCAGGUGAAAGGUGGUUCCUGAUUGUUGCUGGCAUUUUUCUAUUGCAGCUGGCUCUAGCCUUUGCACUAAAGAUCUACCUCUUCACAAUAACAGUUUGAGAGGAAAUUGAAUUAUCUUCAAUCAGCAUUAAUAAAAUAUAGAUAACGAAGAUAGAGCUUUUUGUCUUUUUAGGUUUUCAUUAAAACAAUUUGUAGCUGAAAUGUGAUUAUCAGAUUAAACCAUCAUUCAUUCAUUCAUUUGUGGCAACAU